UUGUACUUGUUCUAUACCGGACUCCACCCUGUCCUCUUCCUCUAUUUGAUUUUGUGUACAGACAUGAUUCACUUUUUACGGGUAAAACACCAGUAGCUUCAUCGUCUUCUUCACCACCAAAUUCACCAAAUACCUUUUGAAGUUUAUCUUUUAUAUCAUCAAAGGUGAGUUGUGCAGUGGCCCUGACUAACCUUUCAUGAUCGGCAGACAAAUUUGCAGAUGCCAAAAGAAAAUAUAUCCCCUUAGACCAUCAUUUAAAUCCAAUUUGUAUUUCUGAACUUCUCGAUACUUGUUGUUGAAUUCCACCAGAAACUUUGUAAAAUUCAUUCCACUUUCUCUUCUGAAUUCCACAAAUGCCUUCACUGCACAAAAUGCUCUUGUAGUUUCUUCUUUCAAAUAUACUUUAUCCAGUUCUGCUAUCAAAACAUUCAACCCAUCAUCUUUGGCCAAGUCCCCAACCUUGAGCGAUCUAACUGCUUGUUUGGCAUCUCUAAGAAGACUUAAAUAAACUGCUGGCCCUCGUUUCUUCUUAUCGUUUUUUGUAUAGGCCUCCCAAAUCUCAACAUCCGAUUUCCAAUCCGCAUAACAGUCACCCCUACCAGGAUCAAACGUAGGCGGUUGUUUCAACGAUGACAUAACAGAUAAUUAACUUUAAAGCAAACAAUUGAUGCAACUUCCCCAAAAGAAAUAAAAUAAUACUUCCCAGCGCGUGAUCUUGGACCCAAUUCAACUUUCAAUUCUUCAGAUAUUCAGUGUCAUCCAAACAAUCUUGUCAGAGGUGUCACUCACGAAACGCUUGCUACCAUUGUGAGUUGUUAUAGAUCAUUACCUUGUGAGUUCAGUCACUUGUACUUCUUUCUUCUACUUAUCUUGCUUGCUUGCUAUGUAUAUGUUGAAACACUUAUUAUGCUUUCUACAACAUAGAAAGAACAAUCAACAUAAGACUUCCAUAAUAUUAACAAAGUAUAUUGACAGAUAAUGGCAUUUUUGCUAUUCUCUCCUAAAGCUUUGUCCAGUAAUACCAGUGGUUUAUUAUAGGGCUUACUGUUAAAUUUCACUUAAAUACAAGAACAAAAGUUUCAUAUAUUCUAAUCUUCAAAAUAUCUCUAUACAUAGCCAAUGUCAAUAAAAGUUUGUUGUAGAUGGAAAAGAGAAUAGUACCUGCUGCUGAACAAAGUGUGUUAGCUUCAAAUGGACCAAUAUACACAACCAAUACAAAGAUCAAACAAAAAAUACUUGAGGAAGAAGAAUAUUUGACGGUACUAGGUAAAAUAGUUGAGCGUGAUUUUUAUCCUGAACUAUCGAGAUUGAAGCUUAGAACCAUGUACAUAGAUGCUUUGGAAAACAAUGACCUCGAAGCACUCCGUACAAUACAACUUGAAUUGGAGAAAGGAACACCAGCCAUUGGACGAAAAGAAACACCAAGAUCUUUUGAUAAUUCGAAUGACUCUGUGAAAGACUAUGAAGAGAAAGUGGAGUCAGAGUUGCAUCCCAACCUUACCUUGGACCAAUUUCUAAUGAAAAACACUUCUGAAGACAAUGCUUCUUUCGAAAAAAUAAUGGAAGCCACUCGCAAAAAACAUCAUGAGAAACAUGCUUGGUUGUACGAGAAGCAGCUAGAAUUAGAAGCAAGUCAGCAAGCAUCUUUAAUGCUACCUAAUUUAUCAGAUGGAGUGCUAGCCAUAGAAAGUAAACCGAACAACGUAGACACAUGGAGGUAUGUUCCAAGAAAUGCACUGAUGUAUACGCCUGACGGUGUAGAGCUGAGUAUGGCAGAGUACAUAGAGAAAAAGGGAAAGAAGGAUCAAGAGAUUCGGCAUGAGAAUACCAGAUUCAAAUCUGACCCAUUUGACUCUGUAGCCAGUCAGUCAUCUCUAAUGAAGGCGUCGCAGGAACAUUCAAAUUUUCAAAAGGCUGUCGGAAAAAUAGGCGUAGAUGGAAAGUUGGAACAGUCAUCGGCCACGCCCAAUGUGAGAGGUUACAACUUCGUUGGCACUCCUUCACCGGCUCCUGGUAUGGAUGCUUCCCCCUUAAUGACUUGGGGUGAACUGGACGGUACCCCGUUACGUGUUGAUGCUACCCCAUCAGGCACGGGUCAAGGACCGACGUUUAAGAUACCAGAACCACCUCGACGAGAGCAGCUGGCGCAUUCAUUAGCCGAAAAAGCUAGCAGACAACACCGUGAGAAAAGAAAGAAAGCUUUUGCGGCAGCCACUGCAUCGUUGUAUUCUCCAAAACAUAGCCCAAGAACGUCUGACCGCUUAAGUCGACUUUCGCCUGCUGCACAAAAACUGAUGAAAUCCAGUGUACGAGUCAACUCAGACAAGUCGUUACGCUCAAGUUACACACCAUCACCGAAAUUCAGCACUUCGUUGACACCAACCCCAAAGCACAAAAGAACACCUGGUACGAGUAGAACACCUGGUUCGAGUAGAACACCUGGUUCGAACAGGUCUGAAACUUCGUUAACGGAUGAUCUUCUGCAUAUUCCAAAAACGUGAGACGUUACUUGCAAAAAGCUGUGGAUAACACGGGAUGAUGAAGAUGCUCUUGCAAAGACAAAACAGUCGUGCAAUCCGCGCGAGUAACAAAUGGAAUACAAUAUUUAACGGCGUGUUAAAAGCUACAAAUUAAUAUCGAUAUGACGGCGAGUAAGAAACAACAAAUAGAUUUUAAUAUCACGGUGAGUUAAAAACAAUAAAUUGUUUUUUAAUAUAACAGCAAGUGAAAAUCAAGAAAUGAUUCGUUAUAACGGCAAGGGAUAGCGUUAUAUACCACGUUGGUAUGUUCGAUGUGUGGGAAGAACGAAGUAAAUCAGAACUUUCUGUAAAUCUCACCGGACUGGUUUGUUAAACAAUACAAGAUUUUCUAAAUAUAUGAAUUACAAAAAACCUUUGUUUAUAAGAGUCUUCAUGUCAGAACAUGUAGUUAAGCCAAUGAAAAGAAAAACAACUCGAACUAA